AUGAAUGCCAAUGAAAAGAAAAAUAUUGAUGUUCUUUUGGCCCGUGCAGUUUAUGCUACAGCAGCUCCAUUAAGUUUAGUGGAUAACUAUUAUUGGACAGAAUUUUUCAAAGCACUUCGGCCAGCAUAUAAACCGCCUACUAGACAUUUGGUUUCAAAUAAACUUCUAGACGAUGAAUUCUCCAAAGUUAAAGAGCAUACCACAAUUUGUAUUGCUGAUUCGGAUGCACUUGGUGUUAUGUGUGAUGGCUGGACUAACAUUCGGAAUGAAAGUAUUAUAAAUUUUGUAGUUACAACUCCUAAACCAAUAUUUUAUAAAUCACUACCUACUGGAGUUGAUCGCCAUACAGGGGAACAUAUAGCAGAACAGAUUAUUUCUGUAAUUGAAGAUAUUGGUCCACGUAAAGUAUUUGGUGUGGUUACAGACAAUGCAAAGAACAUGAAAAAGGCUUGGACUCUUAUAACUGAAAAGUACCCUCACAUAACUUCAUAUGGAUGUGUUGCACAUGGCCUAAAUUUACUGAUAAAUGAUAUAAUUAAAAUUAAUUCAUUAACAGAUAUUAUUAAUGAUGGAAAAGAUAUAGUCAAUAAUAUAAAAAGGGGACACAUAACUAGUGCAGCAUUUCUGGAUAAGAGAAAUGCAAAUAGUUCCACUUCUAUGGCACUUUCGUUACCAGUUGUUACUAGAUGGGGAUCCGUAGUAGUUUUUUUUAAAUCACUGUUAGUUAAUAAACAAAUUAUCCGCUCAAUGAAUGUUGAUGAAAUUGUCGAAAAAGACCUGAAGCCAAAUGUAAAAAAAACUAUAAGCAGCUCAAAUUUCUGGAAAAAAGUUGAAUUUUUCUAUAGUCUAAUGAAUCCAGUAGCAAAAUGGAUUACAAAAAUUGAAAGUGAUACACCCCAACUAAGUAUUGUACCUAUAAUAUUUAUGGAAUUAAAAAAAUCAUUUGAAGAGACAUUUAAAAAUAAUAACUUUUUUAAGAUAUGA